UUGGCUUCUUUAGAAAUUCCUACUUUGAAUGUUGUUUUAUUCUCGUCGUACAGAUCACAAAGCCAAAGCCCAGUCCCUCUCGCUCUUCGUCGAGCCUCCAUAAUCCACUGAUUGUUACCCAAAUUUUGGAUUCGCGUCUUCGAUUUUCCGUCACCGAGCUUCUUCCUCAUCCGGAUCCCUGUUGGCUUUUGAUCUUUCCAGUGAGAGUGGAGAUCGGAGAUCUGGAAAAUAGAGUCGAGUCUUACUGUUUUGGAUUGAUGGAAGUGGAGAGACAGUGUGAGAAAGUGAGGGAAACUGUGAAGAAAUGAAGUUUUACAUAUCGGCGACGGGGAUUAAGAAGGUUACUAUAUCGAAUCCCGGCGUCGGAAUCGGAAAAGGAGGCGGAGGAUGCGCGGCAGCAGCGGUGGCGCGUAGGUUCUCUGGUCGUACGUUAUUGCUGUUGCUGCUGCUGCUCGCCAUCGUCCUCCCUUUCAUUUUCGUCAGGUUCGCGUUUCUCGUCCUCGAAUCCGCCUCCGUUUGCGAUUCUCCCCUCGAUUGCAUGGGACUGAGACUUUUCCGUGGGGGCGACACAUCUCUGAAAAUUAGGGAAGAGUUGACACGGGCGCUAGUGGAAGAAACAGAUCAGGAAGCUAUUGGAAGCGGAAAGAAGAGCUCAUUGGAGUCAUUUGAUGACCUUGUCAAGGAGAUGACGUUAAAACGCCGUGAUAUAAAAGCGUUUGCUUCUGUGACUAAGAAGAUGCUGUUGCAGAUGGAACGUAAAGUCCAAUCAGCAAAACAUCAUGAGUUAGUGUACUGGCAUUUAGCAUCUCACGGUAUUCCCAAAUGCCUCCAUUGCCUUUCCCUCAGGUUAACAGAAGAGUACUCUGUGAAUGCAAUGGCUCGAACGCGUUUGCCUCCACCUGAAUCCGUUUAUCGUCUGACCGACCCAUCUUUUCACCAUGUCGUCAUCUUGACCGACAAUGUUCUCGCUGCCUCUGUCGUCAUAUCUUCUACUGUACGAAAUGCUGUGAAUCCAGAGAAGUUAGUCUUUCAUAUCGUUACGGAUAAAAAAACCUACACCCCUAUGCACGCUUGGUUUGCUAUCAACUCUGCUUCAUCAGCGGUUGUUGAAGUAAAGGGUCUUCAUCAGUAUGAUUGGCCUCAAGAAGUGAAUUUCAGAGUUAAAGAGAUGCUGGAAAUUCACCGCAUGAUAUGGAGAAGGCAUUAUCAGAAUUUGAAAGACUCUGAUUAUAGUUUCGUGGAGGGUACGCAUGAGCAAUCCUUGCAGGCUCUAAACCCUAGCUGCCUGGCACUUCUAAAUCAUCUCCGCAUCUACAUUCCCAAGCUUUUUCCAGAUCUCAACAAGAUAGUGUUGUUGGAUGAUGAUGUAGUAGUACAACGCGACCUUUCGUCUUUGUGGGAAACAGAUCUCAACGGUAAAGUUGUCGGUGCAGUUGUUGAUUCGUGGUGCGGACACAACUGUUGUCCGGGAAGAAAAUACAAAGACUAUUUCAAUUUCUCACAUCCUCUGAUCUCGUCAAAUUUACUUCAAGAUGAUUGCGCUUGGCUCUCUGGUAUGAAUGUCUUUGAUCUCAAAGCUUGGAGACAAACCAAUAUCACAGAAAGUUACUCCACAUGGUUAAGACUCAGCGUUAGUUCAGGGCUACAAUUAUGGCAACCAGGAGCUUUAGCACCGACUCUACUUGCUUUCAAAGGACUCACGAAGUCUCUUGAUCCAUCAUGGCACGUAGCUGGAUUAGGAUCUCGGUCCUUUAAAUCACCUGAAGAGAUUCUGAAAUCUGCUGCAGUUUUACAUUUCAGCGGUCCAGCAAAGCCGUGGCUAGAAAUUAGUAACCCUGAGGUACGAUUUCACUGGUAUAGAUACGUAAAUUCCUCCAACAUCUUCGUUAGAAAAUGUAAAAUCAUGAACUGAUUAUAAAAUAUGAAGUAAGGGCAUACCAAAGAUUAGAAACAAAUAAAAGGAAAAGAGAAAAAAGAGUGAUAAAAGCCAAUACUUGCGGCCGUAUGAGAGAAUAGAGGGAAGAAGGUUUAGCCUUCAGCCUCUGCUCAUAUUUCUCUCAUGUCCAUAUACUAAAGAGUAAUAUAACAUUAGAGAAAGGACAUUCUAUUAGACCUUAUGCAUAUGUAACUUUUGUUUUCUCCAUUCUCUCAAAUAGUACAUAGUAAAAUUAAUGUAAUUUUGUUUAAUUAUAGCGACGCAUCAUUAUAUAGAAAUUCAUCUCCAAAUAUAUGUUUGUA